CUUCUUAUUUACCAACCUACUGACAUGAUCACACAGCGCCAAAUCCACGCAACCCUGCAGCAUCUCCAUAGACGAGCGUUGCUUUUGUUCAAGAAAUCGGUGCAUUUUUGCCCCUGUAGUGUUCCAUGCAUGUGUGCAACCGCAAGAGGACGUGUCGUAAUGAUACAAAACUGAAAGGAAGGAAGGAUUUUUUUCACACACUCACACAGAAGCCUGCUUGUGGCGUUCCUCCUCCUGCCCCUGCUGCUGGAGUCAAAAGAAGACUUUCUGUCUCCCGAUCGUGGAUUCUCCCCCGCGCCACCACGCCACGAAGGAAGGAUUGUUUUUGGGAAGGGAAAAAUCCUGAAAGCAACAGAGGGAUUAAAAACCAUUUCUGGCAGGGUUACAUUGUGCGGCUGUGCUAAGAAAGGCGGCUAUAAAUAGCUCCGUGCAAUUUCUCGUAAACUAUAACAAGUGGUGCAUGGGAUUGUGAGAGACAAUCACGCGCCUGGAAUACCCCACUUUUUUCGAACGUGGAAGAAGUUUGGAGUUUUUUUUUUAAUAAUCGCGCGCGCGUGUGUGUGUGGUGUUUGCAGCCAUGGAUUAUUAUUAUGAUUAUCAUUAUGAUCUUCAUCUCAGGCUGAUCUUCUCUAAAUGGCGUGGAUGUGUCCGCCUGACCUGGAUUGGGAUCGUGUUUUGAUCCCCGUGUGGAUUUAUUCUCACAUUGCAUUCGAUCAUGGGCUCAUUCUUCACUCUGAAUACGCCCAUUUGCUUCUAAAGGCAGCCUUUCUCGUAUUUAUCUGGACCUCUGGCGAGGUUUCUAGCCUACCUUUUGUGUGUGUGUUGUGUGCGUGUGUGUGGAGUGGACCCACUCAGGACGGACGGGACCCCCUUUAUUUGGUGUGGGGUGUUGAUGUAGGAUUUCGACAUGCCCAACGCUGAGGAACCAAAGCUGGGACCAUUAUGACGACAACGACGAACUGGGUGGCGAACGGGGCAAGCCUUGAGGACUGCCACUCCAACAUCUUCUCUCUGGCGGAUUUGACGGGCAUCAAAUGGCGUUGCUACAGCUUUCGCGGCGGCGGCGAGUAUGGGCCGGUGAUAUCGGCGCCCGCCCAGGAUGACCCGGUCCUGCGCAGCUUCAUGCGCUGUGUGCAGGCCAACCUGCUGUGCGUGUGGCGCCGCAAGAUCAAGCCGGACGCCAAGGAGCUGUGGAUCUUCUGGUGGGGGGACGAGCCCAACCUGUCGGAUGUCAUCCAUCAUGAGCUGGAAGUUGCUGAGGAGGGACUCUGGGAGUGUGGGCUGUCUUACGAGUGCAGGACCCUGCUGUUUAAGGCUGUGCACAACUUGCUGGAGAGAUGUCUGAUGGACAAGGGCUUCGUGCGGGUUGGGAAGUGGUUCUUCAAGCCACAUGAGCUGCAGGAAAAGUCUCUGGGCAGCAGUGAGCACCUAUCAUGUUCCUUCUCCUUCUUCCUCCACGGCGAGAGCAAUGUUUGCACCAGCGUGGAGAUCGCCCAGCACCAGCCUGCGUACCACAUCACGGAGCAGCACGUCCGCCUUGCACAGACCUCUGCUGCACCGAUACAAGUGAUCCUGAGCCCGUACGGCCUGAGCGGUACUCUGACAGGUCAGGCCUACAAAAUGAGUGACCCGGCAGCACGCAAGCUGAUGGAGGAGUGGAGUUACUUCUACCCCAUGGUACUGCGGAGGCAAGAGGGGCGUGCAGAGAAGGAAAAAGAUAACCUGGCCUACGACCGCAACUGUCACGUGGCAGUAGAGGUGGUUGUAGGUGGAGUAAGGAUGACCUACCCAGCUGCUUUGGUGUUGAUCGCCCAGAGCCAGCUGCCGGUGGAGCCUCCUCCACCUGCUCCUGCAGCUCAGUGCCUCGCCAGAGAGAACCAGAACCACUGCAGCGUGCCGCUCACACCGCCAACAUCACCGGAGCAGCCUUGCUCGGCGGACAGUGGAUUUGUGACGUCAGCCUCCAGCGUCCCGACACCCGAGAGCAACAUAGGCGUCACCAGCCUCAGCCCAAAGCAUUCUGGGAAGAAGCUAACAUGUCAGGUGGUCCAUCAGGCCUGGAGGGAGUGCUACCUCAGCCAGCCUCAUUAUGUACAAAAGCAGCCGGCUGACGCGACGCCUAAGAAGGAAGCACCAAAUGGAGUAACAACGUGGCACUUCAAUGACGCGGGAGCGAGAGCGCCGUGCAGCUGCUCCAGGUUGAAGCAGCCGAAGUUGACCACCGCCACCACCUCCAACCCCCAAAUGGGUGCCAAUCCAUCCUCCGGAUCCUCACUAUACACUCCCUCCUUACCCAAACACAAGAGCAGUGACAAGACAGAAAAGACUGACAAACAGACCAAAAGACCAGCCAAGAUCCCCUUCCACCACCGUGUAUCUGUAACCCAGGAGACCCCUCUGGAACAGGACUCACCCGGGGGCCCCCAGCUCAGUAGUUUGGUCGCACUGGAGCCUCCCUUGGAGCCUCUAGCCACCAUGACAAGCUGCAAGUAUCCCAAAUCGCUCUCCAAUGGCAGGAAAGCUCCAGAGUCCCUUCUUCUUUCGCCGAUGUCUCCGCUUCCUCCCACGCUCAGCCCACACCCCAGGGUACAGGACCCGGACGUCCUCGAUGGGCAGCUGGACAUGCAUGUAUGUCAGGAGGCAGCCUCGGGCAUGGGGGUCAUGACGAGUGAGACGGUGGCAUACACAGCGUUGCUGAAGCAGAGGGAGAAUGGGGUGGGCUGGUGGAGAGGCUUCAGGACUCCCAGGAGUGAUAGGAUGGACUUUAGACCUCCUGAAGUCCCCGCUGAUAAACUAGAGGAAGGGAAUAUGGACGGGGCCCCUGAGGGAGCGCCACUAAAGAGACUUUACACGCAGACGCACAAGAGAUUUAAGAUCUCAGACGAGAGGGUGCGGGAGCACGUCCAAACUUUGGGCCUGCUCCAGCAGCCGGGUGUCGAGGCACUACGCGAGCCAGGAGAUGAUCCCUACGACUUUAAGGAAGGCGACAUCGAGUACACGUUCUCCUCGUCCAAGAGAUUAAAGAGUCAAGGACGGGAAUCCAGCAAGAGAGCGAAGGUACCAAAAAGUGAAGAAAUCACCAGCAACGGAACGCUGCAGGAUGGAAAAGACGCCAUGUCUAUUUUCAACUCCGCCCCCAAAUCAGACGAGUCCAGUCAGGACGACGGCGCCGCCAAAGCCAAUCCUUCUCUGACCAGAGAAAAAGACCUGGUGGUCAACAUUUCCGACCUCGACAACAUAUUUGAUGAAGAUGAGGAAGAGCUCGGGACGGUAUACCCCAACCAGCACUCAACCAAACUAGCGGUAUCCACAGAUGAUCGUCCUCUGGGGAAAGAAGGCAGAGCGGCAGUACCGUACCCAUCAACAGUAGCAGACCUCCAGCGUAUGUUCCCCACGCCGCCCUCGCUGGAGCAGCAUCCAGCCUUCUCUCCCAUCAUGACGUACCGCGAUACCCCCAGUCAAGAGCCCCCGCCACCCAGCGGAGCGGCUGACCAUCUUUUGCUUGCAACCAGCAGCCAGCUACCAGAAUUUAGGAUGGAGCUGGAGGAGGGCAUGGCAAGCCCAAGACAAGAUGACUACAAGGCACAGGUGGUCUCCUCCAUGUUCGCCCCACUCUCCUGUCUACCCAGUCAGACUUUACCACCGCUCAAGAUUCCUGAGCAGUGCUUCUACCGCCCAUCGUGGGCUCUCCUGCCCAAAAUGGAGCACAUUCCAGCUCAUGUGAUGCACGCCCAGAACAACGCCCUCAUCAGGGAUGGAUACACAAACAUCCCGAGUGUGAGCGCUCUCACAGACCAGGACUAUAACCAGCUGAGCGGCACCACAGCCUCAGUGAGCACCACCAUGGGCAUCCUCCCCUCCCCGGCUACUCCUCGUUUCUCCGUGCCCACUCCGAGGACCCCUCGUACGCCACGGGGCAUGAACCCGGCCAGCUCCGGCCAAGGCUCGGUGAAGCAGGACGGCACAGAGCUGAGCUCCCCGGUCUCUACCCCGUCCACCAGCCUGCCUCUUAGCUCGGUGGAGCCCCUGGCCCGUCCCGGUCCCUGCCUACCUGAGACCCACAGCCUGUACGCUAUCCUCCUCCUAUCUGACUCCGUCCUCAAUGUCUUCAAAGACCGCAAUUUUGACAGCUGCUGCAUUUGCGCCUGCAACAUGAAUGUGAAGGGAGCGGAUGUUGGGGUGUACAUCCCUGACUCCACCUGUGAGGAUCAGUACCGCUGCAUGUGUGGCUUCAGCGCCAUUGUGAACAGGCAGCUGGCGCACGGGACAGGCCUCUUCCUGGAGGACGAGCUUGAUAUUUACGGGCGCUCUUCCGAGGUGGGCCGGGCAGCUGAGAGGAGGCUUGCUCUCUGCCAUCGGGACCCCACUUUGGGAGACCCCAGAGCAAAGAGACCCGAGGAUGCAGCACCCGCCUCUCCAUCGGUCAUGAUCCUCCUUCAGGAGCAGUGCUCGCAGCCGAUAUCAUCCCUGGCGUCUCUGCACCUCCCUCACGGCUAUUCCUGCUAUUCCCGCAAAGGGGCGCUGCUGCAAAGCUGGAUGUCGGAGAAGCAGUGGGCGGAUGGGAGUGACACAUGUGUGGAGUGUUAUAAUGCUUUGGAGCAGGGUCUGCAGUAUGUGGACAAUCCAACAGGAGGAAAAGUGGAUCCUGCUGUAGUCCGAAGCACAGCUCUCCAUCCCUGGCCUCACACGAACGUGGUGGACAUGAGCAUGUUGUCGUCCCAGGACAUGGUGCGUAUGCUGCUGUCCCUGCAGCCCUUCCUGCAGGACGCCAUCCAGAAGAAAAGAACAGGGCGGACUUGGGACAACAUCCAGCACGUUCAGGGUCCUCUCACUUGGCAGCAGUUCCAUAAGAUGGCAGGGAGAGGCUCGUACGGUUCUGAGGAGUCUCCAGAGCCUUUGCCCAUCCCCACAGUGCUGCUCGGCUAUGACCGAGAGCGAGACUUCUUGGCGUUGUCCCCUCUGGCUUUGCCUUUCUGGGAGAAGCUUCUGCUGGAACCUUAUGGAGGACAACGGGAUGUGGCAUAUGUGGUACUUUGUCCUAAUAGUCCCUCUCUGUUGGCUGCAGCCCGAGCCUUCUUCCAGGAGCUCAGCGCUGUUUACGAGACGUGUCGUCUCGGCAAGCACCGUCCUUUGGCCAAGGUGUCCCGGGAUGGGAUAGUGCGUGUAGGGGAGGAGGUGGAGUCAGAAAGGCUGGAGGAGCUGGAUGUGGGUCAGUGGUUGACCGGUUCUUGGGCUGGAGAGCAGCACACAGACAACCUCAGUAAACUCAAACUCUACGCCUACGCCUGCAAGCAGCAGCUCGGUCCUCAGCUGUCAGUCCUACCUUUAGACAACUCGCUUCUCAUACCACCCAAAGCCCAACCACCCACGUCAUCAGCCCAGCCUGCGUCCUCCACUUCCGAUGCAGAAGCACCUUCAGGAGUUCUGGGUACAGCAAACGCGUCAACCCCAACCAGUGCAUCUUCAGGUCAGACGACAGGGGAGUCAAACCAAGGAGGGUCCGGCGACUCUAAAAGAUCAUCAUCUAGUGGCGCAACAGCAGCAGGCAACACCCCAGCAGAAAACCCUGAAAUCACCGCCGAGCAGUCCCGAAUCGGCAUCCCGACUAGUGCCGACUCGACGGACAGCCGUACCAACCCCCCAGCCGUCGUCGUUUACAUCGUGGAUGCUUUCUUCAGCUCUACCGGAGCGAGGAACGAAGGAGGGGAGGAAGAGGAAUGUGACGAAGUAGAAGCAGGGAGUGUCUGGCUGCUAGGGCUUCUUCGCUGCUACACAGAGAUGCUAAACACCUUACCUGACACCAUAAGACCUGCACUCGUUCUACAGGUGGUGCCAUGCCAGUAUCUCCUGCAACCCGCAAGUGGAGAAAGCCGGUUGUACCUGCAGCACCUGCGGUCUUUGGCCUUCUCCUGUUACUCCCAAUGCAGGCGCCUGCUGCCCCAGCACACACACAUCAAGUCCCUGACAGGCUUUGGGCCCGUGUCCACCGUCACUUCCGUCCUCAAGAGUCCUGAUCAUCCCAGCCCAGUGCAUCUCUACGCUCCCCCCUUCAUCCUGGGCCCGACCCGGCCCAAGCAGCCAGAACCUGGAGAGAUAUGGGCAGAAGUCCCUCCCAGAUACAAUGUGCUCUUUGUGGGCUACUGCCUGUCACAUGACCAGCGCUGGAUCCUUGUGUCGUGCACUGACCAGCAAGGAGAGCUCCUGGAGACAAGCAUAAUCAACGUCGAUGUGCCUAACAGGUCUCGGCGCCCUAAAGUGUCCGCUCGAAAGAUGGGUCUGCAGAAGCUGUGGGAGUGGUGUAUUGGUAUCAUCCAGAUGACCUCGCUACCAUGGAGGAUUGUGAUUGGUCGCUUAGGCAGACUAGGGCAUGGUGAGCUUAAAGACUGGAGCUCUCUCCUCGGGGAGCACUCGCUGCAUUCGAUAGGACGCCAGCUGCGGGAGGCCUGUCGCAUGUGUGGGAUUUCCGCCGCCGACACCCCCUCCAUCCUCAGUGCCUGCCUGGUCGCCAUGGAACCGCAGGGCUCCCUCGUGGUCAUGCCUGACGCCGUGACGAUGGGCUCGGUGUUCGGCCGCAGCACCGCUCUCAACCUGCAGACCUCACAGCUCAACACGCCUCAGGACGCCUCAUGCACGCACAUCCUCGUCUUCCCGACAUCUGCCACAACCCAGCUGGCGCCCAGCUCUUACCCCACGGAGGACAAUAACGAUGACAUGUUCGACCUGCCCUUCCCUGAUGAACUGGAGAACGACAUCGGCCAUGACAUGAUGCUGAUCACAGGGAACCUUCAUCCUUCUCCCAACACCUCCCCUGUGCCGUCGCCGGGCUCUCCAUCUGGAAUGGGAAUAGGGUCGCAUUUCCAACACACCAGGAGCCAGGGGGAGCGCUUGCUCUCCAGGGACAAUCCUCCAGAAGAGCUGAAGCAGCAGCCGCUGGCUCUCGGCUACUACGUCUCCACGGCGCAGGCAAACGGACUUCCUCAUUGGUUCUGGGCCUCGUGUCCGCAGGCUGAGAACCAGUGUCCUCUCUUCCUCAAGGCCUCGCUCCACCACCAUAUCUCCAUGGUCCAGGCAGAUGAGCUGGUGGCAGACAAGACAAAGAGGACGCCUCAUCCGCUCGACUCAAAGACCACCUCUGAUGUGCUGCGGUUUGUAUUGGAGCAGUACAACGCCCUCUCCUGGCUCACCUGCACACCGUCGACGCAGGACCGCCAGUCUUGCCUGCCCGUCCACUUGGCCGUGCUGGUCCAAAUGUACAACGCCAUCCUCAACAUGCUUUAGCCGUGUGCCUACACCACCUCCUUCUCCUUCUCCUUCUCCGUCUGGUCACCGGGAAGCGUUGGAGACGAUUCCUGACGUUGUUCCCAAAUGUGGAGUGGACUCUCCUGGGCCUGGAAUGUAAUCAGAGUGACAAGAUGCCUCCAUGCAAAGCCAGUACAGAAGAGGUUUUAAAGGCAGUCACGGUGCUUUCUAAGUGGAGAAAACCUGCAGCUUUCAUCACUCAAAGUGAUGGAAAAAAGUGGCAUUUUUGCAGAAGACUCUUCAUAGCUGCAAGAAACUGCAUAUUGUACAACCAGCAAAUCUGCAUGCCAACACAAACACAUGGCCUUGUUGCGUCAAAGAUGUUUUUUUUGUUGUUGUUGUUGUUUUUUUUACAUUUUUGUACAAAGGAGGAGCUUUUGCACUUUUACCCACACCUUCCAAAAUGUUGUGGACAUAAAUGGCGGUACAAAAAAAAAAAAUAUUAAAGUUGACCAGUUAAGGCAUGCAGUGAGGCAUGUUCACAACAUUUGCAAAGAGUUCAACCUUAUUUUUUAAUAUUUACAACAAUAUCAUUUGAAAAAUAAGGCCUCCUCCCCAAUGUUAAUAAUUGUUAUUUUAAUGCAAUAUUUAUACAAAUUAUAUCAUAUCAUGGAAUUUGAUAUAUAUAUAUACUUCUUAUUAAAUAUAUAUUACCUCUUCUUCCAAACAGGCACUUACUUAAUGAUAAGGGCACAAGUGGACACAGAAUUAUCCAUUGUAAUUAAAAAUAAGUAUUUUAAAUAUUCUUUUCAUUGUGUUUGGUUUUAUUUAAUGAAUUUAAAUGAAAACAAAAUUAUGCAGGAGAUAUUUAUGAGUCAGUGUUCUGCGGCAAACUUGAAAAAGGCAAUCGAAGAUCAUGCAGAAAUGAAAUGUUGAAGAAAAGAAAUGAUGUCAAGUAAUGCAAAGGCCCGUCCAAUUCACUCUGUUACAAUCUCAGCAUGUUUUGUAUUAUACACUCAGCUGUGUUGGAAUUUUCUAAAGCUGUACAUUUCAUCCAUGUUUAUUUUGCUGUGAGCUGUGAUAUAUAUAUAUAUAUAUAUAUA